AAAAAAGCUGCCAAAGCUGAAAGAAGCAGUAAAUCCAUUAAUGAACAAUCGUCGAUUAGCAGAGUCGCAGUGAAGCAGACAAGUAAAGACCUGCUGCCCACUCACGCCGGCAGGCGUUCGCCACUUCGACCGAAAGCUCGGAAUCGGCCGAAACGACUUUGCAAUUCUUUAUUUCUCUUCGCAGUCCAGGCCCGCGCAGCUGCGCCCUACGGCCUUGCCUGCUCGCUGAGUCGCUGGUCUUCCGAUUUUCAGUGGUUAUAUCCUUCUAGGGAUUGCAUUUUGUUGCCAAGCAGAAGGGUAGAGGGAUAUAGAGCGUAGGGGAAAAUGGACGAAGAGGACUUGCCUAGGGAUGCCAAGGUGGUGAAGACCCUGCUGAAAUCAAUGGGUGUUGAUGAGUAUGAACCUCGUGUGGUGCACCAGUUCUUGGAGCUUAUGUAUAUGCACUCGGUUGACGUUCUGACAGAUGCACAGGUGUACUCGGAGCAUGCCGCCAAGGCUGUGAUUGACUCUGACGAUAUCAAGCUUGCUAUUCAAUCUAAAGUCAAUUUUAGCUUCUCACCUCCUCCUCCUCGAGAGGUCCUGUUAGAGUUGGCUCGAAGCAGGAACAAGAUUCCUCUGCCAAAAUCAAUUUCAAGAAAUGCAAUCCCGCUCCCUCCUGAACAAGACACUCUUAUCAGCCCCAACUACCAACUCGCGAUCCCUAAGAAGCGAACCACUCAACCGGUGGAAGAAACCGAGGACGGUGAUGAAGGUUCCGAUCCUAACCCCACACCUAACCAAAACCCUAAUCUCUCCCAAGAUCGUACAGAUGUUUCGCAAGAGACUUCUCAGAGAGUAUCUUUCCCUAUCGGAGUUAAACGGCAAAGAUGACAUGCUAUAGUUAACUCCAAACAUGUUUGACCUUAUGUAUUUGUUAUCAUGUUUAUUUACUGUCAAAACACAGAUUUAUUUUCAUGCCCUUUCUGGCUUUCUGUAAUACAAUUGUCUCUGAACAUAUGUAAACAGUGCAACACCGGUUCUUAAUAUGGUCUCAUGUCUGCUUAUGUAUAUCCAUUUGUGCUAUAUUUGUUUAGCUGUAUA